UUGAAAGUUUUUUUUUCUUCGUUUUUCAGUGUCGUGCGUUGAUUUCAUACCAAAGUCAUACUUUACAUUCCACCUUUACUGUCAAACCCGGAGAAAUAUUUAUUGAAAACAAAAAAGGCGCCUGAAAAAUAAACCGUUUAAAUGAGUUAACUUUUAACUUGUGCUUGAAAAGGCAGGAGAGGAAACCAACCAAAAGCCUCUUGGAGCUCCGCUUCCAACUUCCCAAAACUUUUUUCGGGGAGAGCAGAUCCUUAUUUUUACCCGGGGAUCAAUCGAAGGCGAAAACGAAAAUAAGAAAACAAUCCAGCUGGAGGACUGAAGUAAACGCGAUUUUUAAAGAACCGUCUCAAUUUUAUAGCAGUCCUCAGUCUGGGGCUCGCCGCCGGGCCCAGGGGGAGCCGCCAUCAUUGCGUCCAACGAGUGGAGCGCGAACGGAAGCCCGGAGGAGGGGCGGGACGAUGGGGCGGACGGGCUGGACAAGACCAUGGACGGGGACGCCGAGGGGGUGUGGAGCCCGGACAUCGAGCAGAGCUUCCAGGAAGCGCUGGCCAUAUACCCGCCCUGUGGCCGGAGGAAGAUCAUCCUCUCUGACGAGGGAAAGAUGUACGGUCGCAAUGAGCUGAUAGCAAGAUAUAUCAAGUUACGAACAGGAAAGACCCGCACAAGAAAACAGGUUUCUAGCCAUUUGCAGGUUCUUGCCCGGAGAAAGUCUCGCGAGAUACAGUCAAAGCUGAAGGCCAUGAACCUGGAUCAGGCCUCCAAAGACAAGGCCCUUCAGAACAUGGCGGCUCUGUCCUCGGCGCAGAUUGUGUCCGCCGGUGUGAUGAAGAGUCAGCUUCCCCCCCUGCCCCAGCCCCCCUAUCCACCGCCAGCCAGGUUUUGGCCGGGCCCUAUCCCAGGACAGCCUGGACCCUCUCAGGAUGCGCUGUGGGGUACCCAGGUGAUUCCAAGCAUCAAACCAUUUGCACAGACACCGUAUACCAACUUACCAGGCCCAGUUCCCACCCCAAUAUCAACCUAUGAGCCACUGCCCACCCCGCUUCCCCCGGCCGCCACGGCGGUGCCCGUGUGGCAGGACCGGACGAUCGCCUCCUCCAAGCUGCGCAUGCUAGAGUACUCGGCCUUCAUGGAGGUGCAGAGGGAUCAGGACACGUAUAGCAAGCACCUGUUUGUCCACAUCGGACAGACCAACCCCUCGUACAGCGACCCGCUCCUGGAGGCUGUGGACAUCCGGCAGAUCUAUGACAAGUUCCCAGAGAAGAAGGGCGGCCUGAAGGAGCUCUAUGAGAAAGGCCCUCAGAACGCCUUCUUCCUGGUCAAAUUCUGGGCGGACUUGAACAGCAGCGGCAUGCAAGAUGGGCCUGGCUCCUUCUAUGGGGUGAGCAGCCAGUAUAGCAGCGCUGAGAACAUGACCAUCACCGUCUCCACCAAGGUCUGCUCCUUUGGCAAGCAGGUGGUUGAGAAGGUUGAGACGGAAUAUGCCCGCAUGGAGGGAGGCAGGUGUGUGUACCGGAUCCACCGCUCCCCCAUGUGCGAGUACAUGAUCAACUUCAUCCACAAGCUGAAGCACCUGCCCGAGAAGUACAUGAUGAACAGUGUGCUGGAGAACUUCACCAUCCUGCAGGUUGUGACAAAUAGGGACACCCAGGAGACCUUGCUGUGCAUAGCGUUUGUUUUUGAGGUGUCAACAAGUGAACACGGGGCACAGUACCACGUCUACCGGCUCGUCAAGGACUAGGGGUCUUUACAGGGGGACCUGAGAGUGGGCCAGGUGGCUGGAAACCAGCUGUCCAAAGACUGCCCAAAAAAUGAUAAUUAAAAAAAAACUGUAAAACCAAAAAAAAAAUAAACACACACACACAUACACAUACAUAGGCAACUGCUAAACAAACAGACAAAAUAUGUAUAUUUUAUAGCACAGUGGGUAUUUUCUACUAUCAUUACUAAUUUUGUAAAAUAGGAAAUGUAUGAAGAUUAAACAAACAAAAAAAGAAACAAAAACUAAAAACUAUGCACUACUUUGUGUAAGGGCAAUUUUUUAUAUAUAUAUUUAAAUGUUUAAAAACAAAGCAGGUUGCA